UCCGCCGGAAGCAGAAGCCCCUUCCUCCUCUCUAUAAAUAGCCGGAGUCGCCAGAUUUGCGGUCGAUCGACACCGACUACGAAGACUAGGGUUAAGUCCGUAGUCGGAGGGAAGCGAUGCCGAUCGAGAUGCCGAAGGGGCUCCCCUUCUCCGUCGACACGUGGACGCCGGCGUCCCUCCGGAAGCGCCACCACUUCCUCACCCACGCGCACAAGGACCACCUCGCCGGCAUCGUUGCGCACUCCUCCCGACCCGUCUACGCCACCCGCCUUACCAAGGCCCUUGUCCUCGGCUACUUCCCUCAGCUCGACGAUUCGCUGUUUGUGGAAAUUGAGGUCGGUCAGUCGGUCGUGGUUGAUGAUCCUGACGGAUCGUUCUCAGUCACGGCGAUCGAUGCCAAUCACUGCCCAGGAGCGGUCAUGUUUCUAUUCGAAGGUGGAUUCGGUAACAUAUUGCACACGGGUGAUUGUAGGCUUACUCCCGAUUGUUUGCAAAGUUUACCAUUGAAAUAUAUAUCAAAGAAAGGGAGAGAGUCUAUUUCUUAUCUCGAUUACCUAUUUCUGGAUUGCACUUUCAGUAAAUUUCAUCUUAAAAUGCCAAACAAAGAAUCAUCCAUCCAACAGGUUAUAAGUUGCAUAUGGAAACACCCUAAUGCACCGAUUGUAUAUUUCUCAUGUGGUAAUCUGGGGCGGGAAGAAAUUCUAGUUGAAGUAUCCAAAACUUUUGGAUCUCCUAUUUUUGUAAACAAGUCAAAAUAUCCUGAUUUGUUCCAGGUUCUUCUUCUUGUCGCGCCUCAAAUUCUCUCUGAUGAUGCCUCUUCUCGCUUUCAGGUAAUUGGAUUAUCCGAACUAAAUGACAAAGUAAGCGCGGAACCUGCAGAGGCACGUGCUAAUCUCCAACCCGAACCUCUUUUCAUUCGUCCAUCUGUUCAGUGGUACGCCACCAAUCCCACCCUCAACAAAUCAAGGAAGAAAGUGUGUCCAACCGAAGCCCAAAGGGAUGAGUUGGGAAUUUGGCAUGUCUGCCACUCCAUGCAUUCGUCCCGCGAAGAAUUAGAUUGGGCUCUGCACUUCCUCCGCCCCAAGUGGGUGAUCUCUACGACACCUCCUCAACGAGCCAUGGAUCUUGAUUACGUCAAGAACAACUGCUACAAGACUAAUAUCGCUUCAGAUGAUCCGCUGUGGAAGUUAUUCAAAGGCUCUGGUGCUAGGUCCCCUAUGCGCAGUCCUCCAGUUUUAAAGAUUCUCAAGAACGACGAGAAGUGUACUUCCGUUCCUGAAAUGCUAGACACCUCACAGAUAUGCAUUUUGCGUGCGGAAACUUCACUUCCAAAGCAGUUCGAUCUGAAAUUGGAAAUUCCUCCACUCAGAUCUGAGUCUUUCACAUUAUUCGGGAGAGCAAGGCUCGGUCUCAAUGAUCCAGACACAGUCAACUUUGGAGACAAUGCUCCUUCAACACCCGAAGACCAUGAUUCAGUUUGCCCUGACUGUGACAAGAUCACUGACCCUGGCUCAACGUUACCUAUGAACAAAGGUUAUGAUUCAUCUAUUGGAUUUUCCAAUAGUUUAGAUAACCCUGAACCAUCCAAGGGCGGACCGAAUUUCCACGAACUGGAUGAUCGGUUAGGUACUGCAUCCGACUUGCCAUCUACUGCAGCAUCUUCUACCAUGAGCUCAAACCUGAGAAAACUAUACAGAUCAAUGAAUGUUCCUGUCCCCCGGCCUCUACCGUCAUUAACUGACCUUAUGGAGACUUGUAAACGAGCCAAGAACAUUACAGGGUCGACGGUACCGAGUUGAGCCAUUCCCGUCUCGAUUCACAGGUAAAGUCCUCCAAUGUUUCAUAAUUUUUCCCUUCCGAUUCUUGAAACCUCAUACAGCUGUUUCAUUGACUUUCAUAAACGUAAGUUAUAGAAGCUUCUUCUUGUCAAUUGCCUAACAUUAUUGACUUUCAAUAUUGCGAACUAGCUGAGUUUGCUCAUUUCUUAGAGAAUAAAAUAGGAUGACAUAGACAGCAGGAAGAAUGAAACAACUAUUUCUUAGAGAAUAAAAUAAAAUAAAUUAAAAUAAAAUAAAAAUGCAAUAGGAAUAUGAAAUGGAUUA